ACAUAUAUAACAUUUAUAAUGGCAAAAUUAGGAAAUUAUUACGGAUUAUGCCCUUUAAUUGAUCACAAGAGUUUGUUAGGAAUUACGGAAGAUUCAGAAGCAGGUCAUGUUAUUGUCACAUUAGGAAAAAACAUAUGCAUCAAGUACAGAAUUGCAGAUCAAAAGCAGAUACACAGUUGGAGAACAAAAGACAAGUUUAGUUCUGCAGUCAUUUAUGAUUUCAGUUCUUCAAAAUAUGCAGCUGUAUUCAACAAUUUGUAUAUAAGAAUUUGGAAUGAUGGUGAAGAAAACAUUGACAAAUUGAAAAAAUACAAAUUCACCAAACAAAUACACUCUUUAAUACAAUGUGCAAAGCAGACUUUUGUAAUCUUCAAGGAUUUAUCAGUGUCUGAACUAAGCAAAGCUUUAGAAACUCGUAAGGAAAAAGCAGAAGAAACAAAGGAAGUUGAAAUAGUAGAUGUUCUUUAUUGUAACAGAAAGGAUGAGAUUUAUAUUGGAAUAAUCUCUAAUGAAGAAAAGCAUAUAUUUGAAUGGAGUUUAUUUAUUGAUGGUAAUUUCCAUUUUAAAGGUAGAGAGAAUUUAAAUGUACGAAAAAGUGUGGAAAUUGCUGGGCAUGUCAUGUGUCAUUUAGCAGUAGAGGGAUGCAUUAAACUACUGACUCUGUGGUCUGAUGGAUACAUGUAUGCUUAUCAAUUAAGUCCUUCGGUUUCAGAAGAUGAAAUAAAAUCAAAUAAAAAUUCAAUUGGAAAGCGUUUUGCUAUUUUACAGUCUCUGUCUUUGAAAAGUCCCGUAUCUAUGGUUCCCCUUAAUCAACAGUAUAUCGCAUUAUACGGGGCGGAUUGGAAUGAAGAGGGAGCAGUUUUACUUUUAUAUAACACACAAUUUAAAGUUAUACAAUCAAAGGUGUCUUUUAAAUUAUUUACAUCUGGUUCAAAACUUUGGCGAGUGGGAACUAACUUGCUUUUAGGAAUGGGACAUAAUUUAGCUGUCAUUCCAUACCAUUUACAUGAUGAGGAAUUGGCAACGUUGAUAGGAAGUCACAAGGAAGCAUUUGUGGAAAAUUCGAAUUAUUUAGAAUCAGAUGUAACAAUUGUUGAUAAAGUACAAUUACUGGAUUGGGACACUUUUAAAAAUGAUGACAGAAAAGAUGUUAUUUUGAAUGGCGUUUUUAAUAAAAAAGUUCCCGAAAAUAUAGCACCUAAAAUAGAUCAUUUGUUAGAAAAAGGGAGACCAGAAGCUGCAAUGCAGUGGAUUAUUUUGUGGAUGUACCUGAAGAAUCUAUUGCUAAAUUAAUAGAAUUUGGACUUACUGUAGACGCAAAAGUUUUCAAUAACAAUAAACAUAGUGAAAAUCUACCUGAAAGUUUACAGCCUGUUGGCAGACAUUUGUUUCUUGAGAAGAUAUUGGUAUUGAGGUUCAGCGACAUUUUAUUACUUCCACAUUUAAGACGCAACUUAGAUAUAGACGCCGUUUUAAAUCUACUGAUGUACAUACAACGCAUGUUUUCUCACGAGGUCUAUUGUCUGCCUAAAAUGGACUUUGUUGAAACGGAAAAAAAAUUAAUUGAAUGGACCAGUUUGUUAUUAGAUGCAAAAUACCAAACUAUUUUACUUUCGCAAAACGAUAGUGUUUUAAAUUUAUUGAAGUCAUUAAGUGAAAUUGUAGAACAGCAUUUGAACAGUUUGAAAGAAUUGGAUAGACUCUAUCCUGAACUUGAAAAAAUUAAAGCAAGAAAAGGAAACGAAAAUGUGCGCUCCUCGAGUUUGUUUUAUUGUGUUGAAAAAAUGAGUU